UCCUCAACCAAACUCAUACCUCACACAUCUCGUCUGAUGGCACAUUUUUACCACGUCACAACUCAGCGUCCUACUGCCGUGAUAAAAACAUGCACAGGUCACUUUACUGGCCCUUCUGAUCUCAACCUUGUGGUAUUCAAGAAUACAUUCUUUGAGGUGUAUGAGGUUGUAGCUGAGGGCUUGAGGCUUAUUCGCGAUGUCCCGGUUAAUGCACGGAUAGUUGCUGGUUGUUUGUUCCGACGCAAAGAUCACGAAACGGACUCCCUGUUUAUUCUUACGCAUCAAGCUGGUGUUGCUUUGAUAGACUGCUCUCGUACAAUUGAAAACGUCGAGUUUAUUACAGUGGCUUCUGGGAGUGUUGAGGAUCGCACAGCGCGCUUAAUCGAUCAAGGGUUUGACGUUUUGGUUGAUCCCGACUCAACUUACAUUGUCGCUCGCCUUUACCAUGGGCUUCUUAAAGUUAUGCUUCUUAGUUGUAUUGGCGACAAAAUUGGAUCCGAUUUGAUGGACACCAGCCAGUGGGCAGUCAACAUUUACAAUGUCAGAAUCGAGGAGGGGAAUAUUAUCGACUUGACUUUCUUGCACGGUUACAAGCUUCCAACGUUCGCCAUGAUUUAUGAAGAUGACCUGACACUUCACUUGAAAACUUACGAAGUAUCUGGUCGGGAACCGUCACUUCACAACGUCCAACUCUCAUUGGACUCAAUCGAGCCAACCACCAAAAUAUUGAUACCUGUGCCUAAACCUUACGGAGGCGUUAUCCUCGUUGGGGACAAGGUGAUUUAUUAUCACACAAAAGAUGGACCACACAUAUCCCAAUACAUCCCUCAAGCAAAAGCUUGUCAGGUUAUCUGUUACGAGGCAGUUGACGUGCAGCGAUAUCUCUUGGGCGACAUAGCGGGGAGACUAUACAUGGUACACCUCCUAGCCGAUGAGUCUUCCGGCAACGGUUCCAAUGGCAGCACUGCCCCUCGUAUUGCUUCCAUUAGGAUCGAGCUGUUGGGCGAAACCACCAUUCCGGAAUCUAUAUCUUAUCUGGACAACGGCGUGGUCUUCAUCGGUUCCACACUGGGUGAUUCACAACUAAUUCGUUUGAAUCCUGAUCCGGAUCCUGAGCGCAACAGCUACAUUACUGUGUUGGAAAGUUACACCAAUAUCGGGCCCACGGUGGACAUGGUUCUGCUUGAGACCAAGGGUCAGAAUCAACUGAUCACUUGUUCCGGUGCUUUCAAAGAAGGCACGCUGCGUAUCAUUCGCAACGGAAUCGGUAUUCAUGAACACGCCACCAUAGAUCAGGAUUUUAUCAAAGGCACUUGGUGCUUCUCAUUGGAAUCUGCUGAGUUUGACGAUGCAAUCGUCGUCUCAAUGAUGGGACAGACUCAGCUUCUCCGAUUGACGGGCGAUGAUAUAUCGGCUCUACAAUUGGCCGGAUUCAAAAACGACGAGCAAACGGUGUACUGUACGACAUUGUGCCCCGUCACCGAUGGUCUGUCGAAUCCCAACCAGAAGGAUACACAACACUGCAUUUUGGCACAGGCCACCACUUCCGUCAUUCGGUUGGUGGGCAUUCAAAACUUGAACGGCAAAGGGUGUCUGGCAGAAUGGCGACCUCCAACUGGCCGUGGCAUUUCUUGCUUAAAUUCUUUUGGUGCUCUCAUUAUUGUCGCCAGUGGAGCCGAGCUGUACGCACUUCAAAUCACGGGUCCUCCCGACCAACCUGUGUUUCAACAGCUUGCACAUCGGUCAAUGUCUCAAGAAGUCGCUUGCAUCGAUCUGUCACCAUUUGAUCAUGCGAGGGCUGCAUCUACCUACGGGCAGACUCCGGCUGCUCCCUCAGGGGACACACCGGUCGACUACUCCGUCCCGCAUAUGGUUGCAGUAGGCCUAUGGCUCGGUCACGGUCUUUUCAUCCUUAGUCUGCCCAAGUUGGACGUGAUCCACGAGGAGCCGCUCCCAGAAACAGCCGUGUCCACCGGUUCCGCUCUUUUACCGCGAUCCCUUCUCAUGGCUCAGUUAGAGGACACUGCUUACUUGUUCGUGGCCACUGGGGACGGGACUCUAUACUUUUAUACAAUGAUCCCCGCUGCAGCAUCCGUGUCUGUCACAGAACGAAAGUUCCGAGAGCUCGAAGUCUCCUCCUUGCUUAUCUUCAAUCAGUCCACCCUGGAGCUGAUGUUUGCUCAUUCCUUCCACUACAGUCAAACUUUGAUCGAGAUCGCCAUCAGUAUCACCUCGAUCAAGCCGGCGGAAGGCUGCUCCAAAGGUGCUUACUACGCAGUCGGUACUGCGUUCCUAGUGGAGGAUGAAGUUGAGCCGUCCAAAGGCCGCAUCCAUGUGUUCCAUUGGGAUCCGGAUGCCGCCAGACUAGACACCGUCAUGGUGUACGAUGUGAACGGAGCUGUCUACCGUCUGGUUGAUUUUAAUGGUCGGCUGCUUGCAGCCAUCAAUAGUUCCGUGCGGCUGUUCGAUAUCAAAGGGGACUCAUUGCGGCUAUCGUGCGCGUUUAACGAAAACAUCCUGGUGCUAUUUCUACGACACAAAGGCGAUUUCGUGUUGGCUGGCGACCUAAUGCGGUCACUGACACUGCUUCUUUUCCGACCCAAUGUGAACAAUUUUGAAGCGAUCGGCCGCCAUCGCAAUCCUCGUUGGACAACCUGCGUCGAGAUACUGGAUGAUGAGCACUUUCUGGCCGCUGAGGUUGAAAACAAUAUCUUCGUUGUUUCUCGUGACGCCCCGGAAAAUACUCAGGAACCGAGCGUACGCGCUGUUUUAGCCCCUACUCCCCCAAGCUCAGUGCUGUCUCCAGUAACUUCAUCUGCCUUGCAAUCCCCUGCAGCCUUAUCCGCACCUGUACCUUCUGUAGGAUCAUCCGCACCGGCACCUUCUCCAGGUUCCGUGCCGACAGGUUCCACAGGAUCAUUCGCACCAGCCUAUCCCACAGGAUCGUCCGGUCAUUCCCAUUCCAUAGAUUCAUCCUUGCUGCUCUCCCCUGCCAGCUCGACCGUUUUUCCAUCUCCCAUUCUCAUCAGGCAGCCUGAUCUUGAGCCCCCUGAACGCCCGCCGGGAGCUAGAAGACUUCCUCGUUUCCAUACCCUGAGCGGCUCAUCCACGUCACAGCCCCCCUCCUCCAGCUCGUCCGGAGAGACGGCGCAGCUUCUAGCCGCUGCAGCUCAGCUGCCCCCGGACAAUCGGUACCCGACUAGCGAGUCAAACGGAACUGCCGUUACUGGGGAUGCCCAACGCUUGGUGGAUUGCGCUUACUUUCACACUGGCGACUUUAUCAACGUGAUCGUCAAGGGCAAUCUAGUGAUGCAGAGUAACGAUGAACGCUGGCCUGCGAUCGGUGGUCCAGCUCACUUGUAUGGAGGUGUGAGUGGCUGUCUGGGCCUUAUCAUUCAAAUAUCGCCGAUUUUGUUCGCGUUCUUGAAAGAAAUCGAGUCCAGAUUAAACAAGUUGAUCAGUCCGGUUGGUGGCUUCGCACACGACACAUGGCGGGCGUUCAGAGCCGAUCGAGUGUCUCGUAUGGCGCACAACUUUGUCGAUGGUGAUUUGAUAGAGACUCUGUUGGAUUUGAGCAAUGAGGACAAGGCGAAAUUGGUUCGAAACCUCCGUUUUCCGAUCUCCAUGAAUGAGUUCGGCGUGGCCGGUUCGUCAUGUGUUUCCGAUCCCGAAACUCGUGAGUGCACUGUGGCCGAUUUGGUCAAGGUCGUCGAGGAAUUGGCCCGCUUGCAUUGA